UUUUGUUUUUUGUAUUUAUUAUCUCUCCAGCUUCUCUCUCUCUGUUGUUAGAGUCCAAUGCAUCGAUUAAUAAUUAGUUUCUAAAGUCACAUUGCAGUAUUAAGCAGGAUAAAUUUGUAAGGCAAAGAUAAUAAGAUAGUCUUAUCCGGAGAGCAUAGAGUGGGUGUCUCAGCAGCUGCCCACUUUUUAUUGUGCUUAUGAGUCAAUCAUUGGCAGCAGUGUGAUUUGUUCUAUGAAUAUGUGUAUUAACGCCCUCUUCUGAGCACAGGUUUUGUGCCUGCCCUUCUUCCUCCUGCUGUGUCACUGGAGCUUAGCCUUCAGGCAGUCCGACUGCUCUGGGCUGUGGUUCUGCAAUGGCUCCUGCAGGGCUGCCCAGCCUGCUCCCCCUAUGUGCAUGUCUGUUGCUCACACCUGGCUGGCCGAGGCAGGCAAGCUGCUGGUGGUGCCCAUGGAUGGGAGCCACUGGUUCACCAUGCGGUCGGUUGUGGAGAGACUCAUCCAGAAAGGACAUGAGGUGGUUGUGGUCAUGCCAGAUAUGAGUUGGCAGCUGGGACAAUCUUUGAAUUGCACAGUGAAGACUUUUAAAACUUCUUACUCCCUGGAGGAUUUGGACCGUGAGUUCUUGGUUUUUGUCAAUGAUCAAUGGAACAGUCAAGAGCAAAGUUUCUUUAAUGCAUUGAGUAUCUCAACCAGUGCUUUUCUUGAGUUACUUUUUUCACACUGCAGGAGUUUGUUUAAUGACCGAAAAUUAGUAGAAUACUUAAGAGAAAGCUCUUUUGAUGCUGUAUUUCUGGAUCCUUUUGAUAUGUGUGGCUUAAUAGUUGCCAAGUACUUUUCACUCCCCUCUGUGAUCUUCAGCAGGGGGAUAUUUUGCCAUUAUCUUGAAGACGGUGCUCAAGUCCCUGUUCCUCUUUCUUAUAUUCCCAGAAUUUUCUCAGGGUUAUCCGACGCCAUGAUUUUCAAGGAGAGAGUAUGGAACCAUAUGCUUUACUUGAGGGACUGUUUAUUUUGCCCCCCUUUAAGGAAAACGGCCUUAGAAAUUGCCUCUGAAAUCCUGCAGACACCUGUUACAGCAUAUGAUCUGUACAGCCACACAUCAGUCUGGUUGCUGCGAACUGACUUUGUUUUGGAAUCUCCCAGACCCCUGAUGCCCAACAUGAUCUUCAUUGGGGGCAUCAACUGCUACCAGGGAAAGCCACUGCCUGAGGUGAGUUGUCUCUCCUUUAGCAGAAUAGGCUUACCUGGCUUUGGACUUGAAGUAAAAAGUAAAAGAUUCCUUACUUAG